CCGCCCCGCCCCUAGGCGGUUGCUCGCGGCGGCCGCCGCCCUCCCCCGGCCCAAUGGCGCGGCUGCCGCGUCAGUGAUGUGAAGCUUUGCUCUGGCUUGUCCGGCCCCCGGCCCGCAGCCCAUUACACCAUCCGCCGCGGCAGCCGCUGCAGCCGCUACAGCCCGAGCAGGCUGGGAGGGCGGGAGGCAGCUCGGCGGGGCGGGGCGAGCAGCGCGGCCGGAUUCAUUCCUCUGGGGCGCGGGGCAUGGAGGAACUGUGCGGCCGCAGGCGGAGCAGGGCGGCCCGGGCGGCGGCGGGGACAACGGUUUCCAUUUAAAGGGGGCGGCCCGAGCCCGAGCGGCCAGCGGCAGCUGGAAGGACUAGCCCCCGGGCAGUUUGGUGCUCUGGUUAUCAGAUGUUGGAAGGCAAUAGGACAAAACAUACUCUCCGUGGGUUUAUAUCCGUUCUGGGGUGCAGUGACUAACAUUGAACUUUGGUUCCUGUAACUCUUGCCUGCAAGAGAGCUAAGCCGGAGCUUUACUUUGAAGGAUAAAGCACAGCCUCUCAACUGGACAUAAAUGGAUCUAAAGACAGCGGUGUUUAACGCAGCGCGGGAUGGCAAACUCCGGCUUCUCACCAAGUUGUUGGCAAGCAAAUCUAAAGAGGAGGUUUCCUCCUUGAUCUCUGAAAAAACAAAUGGGGCCACGCCACUCUUGAUGGCUGCCAGGUAUGGGCAUCUCGACAUGGUGGAAUUUCUCCUAGAGCAGUGCAGUGCCUCCAUAGAAGUCGGGGGUUCUGUCAACUUUGAUGGCGAAACCAUUGAGGGGGCUCCCCCUUUAUGGGCGGCUUCUGCAGCAGGGCAUCUGAAGGUGGUCCAAUCUUUGUUAAAUCAUGGAGCAUCUGUCAACAACACGACUCUAACCAAUUCAACUCCUCUUCGAGCUGCAUGUUUUGAUGGCCACUUGGAAAUAGUGAAGUACCUUGUAGAACACAAAGCUGAUUUGGAAGUGUCAAACCGGCAUGGGCAUACCUGCUUGAUGAUUUCAUGUUACAAAGGACAUAAAGAGAUUGCUCAGUAUUUACUUGAAAAGGGGGCAGAUGUUAAUAGAAAAAGUGUUAAAGGUAAUACUGCAUUGCAUGAUUGUGCAGAAUCUGGAAGUUUGGACAUCAUGAAGAUGCUUCUUAUGUAUUGUGCAAAGAUGGAAAAAGAUGGUUAUGGAAUGACUCCCCUUCUCUCAGCAAGUGUGACUGGUCACACAAAUAUUGUGGAUUUUCUGACACACCAUGCACAGACCAGCAAGACAGAACGUAUCAAUGCUCUAGAGCUUCUCGGAGCUACAUUUGUAGACAAAAAAAGAGAUCUCCUGGGGGCUUUGAAAUACUGGAAAAAGGCAAUGAACAUGAGGUACAGUGAUAGGACUAAUAUAAUUAGUAAACCAGUACCGCAGACACUAAUAAUGGCUUAUGAUUAUGCCAAGGAGGUAAAUAGUACAGAGGAGCUAGAAGGUCUUAUUGCUGAUCCUGAUGAAAUGAGAAUGCAGGCACUAUUAAUUAGAGAACGUAUUCUUGGUCCUUCUCAUCCUGAUACCUCUUACUAUAUUAGAUAUAGAGGUGCUGUCUAUGCAGACUCUGGAAAUUUCAAACGAUGCAUCAACCUAUGGAAGUAUGCUUUGGAUAUGCAACAGAACAAUUUGGACCCCUUAAGCCCCAUGACCGCUAGCAGCUUAUUAUCUUUUGCAGAACUAUUCUCCUUUAUGCUACAGGAUAGGGCUAAAGGCCUGUUGGGUACUACUGUCACAUUUGAUGAUCUUAUGGGCAUACUGUGCAAAAGUGUCCUUGAAAUAGAGCGAGCUAUCAAACAAACUCAAUGUCCAGCUGACCCAUUGCAAUUAAAUAAGGCUCUUUCCAUCAUUUUGCACUUAAUUUGCUUGUUAGAGAAAGUUCCUUGUACUCUAGAACAGGACCAUUUCAAAAAGCAGACUAUCUACAGGUUUCUUAAGCUGCAUCCAAGAGGAAAGAAUAACUUCAGCCCUCUUCAUCUGGCUGUGGACAAGAAUACUACAUGUGUAGGGCGAUACCCUGUUUGUAAAUUUCCAUCUCUGCAAGUUACUGCGAUACUGAUAGAAUGUGGUGCUGAUGUGAAUGUCAGAGACUCCGAUGACAACAGCCCCCUACAUAUCGCUGCUUUGAACAACCAUCCAGACAUCAUGAAUCUCCUUAUUAAAUCAGGUGCACAUUUUGAUGCCACAAACUUGCACAAACAAACUGCCAGUGACUUGCUGGAUGAGAAGGAAAUAGCUAAAAAUUUGAUCCAGCCCAUAAAUCAUACCACAUUGCAAUGUCUGGCUGCUCGUGUCAUCGUGAAUCAUAGAAUAUAUUAUAAAGGGCAUAUUCCAGAAAAGCUAGAGACCUUUGUUUCUCUUCAUAGAUGAUAAUUUGACUGUAUUUAAGCACUGUUAAAGCACGAAUUGGUUAACAGUUGUUUCAUAAAUGAGCACUGUUGUGAUAACACCAGCAUUCAUUUAGCUUAAUAUCAUUGUGCUCUCAUCGGCUAACGCAUUGUAAGCAUCAGAUUUACAGGAUUGGUUUCCCAGUAUUUAAUAUAAAUAUACCAUAUAUUAUUUGUGAAUUACUGAGAAAUUGUAAUGUCAUAUUCAAAUUUCUAAAGUUGUCCACCAAAGGCUUAUCCAUUCUGGUUUUGUUUGCUGUUGCUUGUUUGGGACAGAGUUAACUGUUUUUCAGUGGUGUCUUUAUACUUUACUGGUUUGUGAAUUUUAUACAAUUGAAGGUCUCUUUCCUGCUUCUUUCUUCUCUCCUCCAAGCUUCUCUCCUGUUUCCACUUUAUUUAUUUUAUUUUUUCUUAACCAUUUCUAAUACAAAAUUUUUCCCCCUUCUGGACCCAUGCUAGGUAGUACAAAGUACAAACCUUAUGGACUUGUUACCAUUUGCAGUUACCAUAAGUGCUUUAUCUUCUCUAUGCACCGGCUUAAACUUGACUGUUGUAUGUUAGUGUAUUUUCUAUGCAGCAGUUGGUCAACUUCAACUCAAAACACAGUUUUCUUAAGUUUGUUACAAAGUUCAUUUUAUGAAAGUACUCUUGUAGCAUGACAGUUUUUAGAGCUGCAGGUUUGCUAUCUGAGCUCAAGCGUUUUUGGUUUUUUUUUCUUCACAUCUGAGGUUUCUUUCUCUAAUCCACAGAAAUUUUUGUGUGCUAAAUUUGGGAAACAAAUCUAUUCUAACUCAUUAACCCAGUUGAAAUUUAGGUCUGUCAUCUUAAUAUAUCAUGCAGUAAAAGGAAGACUCCAAAGUGACCCACCUUUCAUGCUGCUCCAGCGUUGUCCUGCUUGUGCUGAUGGUGUGAUUAGGUGUAGAAAAUUUGCUUAAAUUUAACCUCAAAGUUUAUCACACAGCUUAAUAAGUCACAUUGAGAUAUUCAGUCAUCGAACUGCAAAUCACGUUUUGUUACAAAAAAAGAGCUAAAGCAUGUCGGUGGCAUGAUGCUUGCCAAGCCAGAUCUAGGCAUCUAGGAUAAUUAAGGUAUUUUAUGCAAUUUACUGCCGUAGUAUCAAAGGUCAGUAACAGUGUUCUUUCUUUCUUCAAGCUUAUGUAUACCUUUCAAGAUAACUUGCAUGAAUUACUUUGGUCUCAGUUAUUUGUCACCCCACUUAAACACAAAAGGUUGCAGUGCUUCCUGUUCCUUACUUAAAGUUAGCCCUUCCCUCUUCUCUCUUCCUCUCUCCCUCACCUUCUCUCCCUCUCUCCCUCUCUUCCUCCUUCCCUCUUUUCUUUCACAGAUUUGCUAAUGCCACAGAAAGGGCUCUUUUAAGAAAAGAUAAGUGAAAACUACUAAAAAAGAUUCAGGUAAUUUUCAUUCAGCACUUUAUUGUUAUUCAGAAUAAAAUUUAUGGUGGCAUAUUUGCCCUGAAAAUGUCUUAAUGAAAUUUUUCUGAAUAAAAAGCUCCUUAUUGAUUUGAGAAAAAUUCAGUUUACCUGUGAGUUUAAAUGAGCUGGAUCACCCACUUGGAUUUUGGGGUUGACAUUUUAUUCUGAAGGUUGAUGCAAUGCUAUUUAAAGAGUCAUCAUGCACACAGUUACAUUAGAUUAAUCUUCAUCUUAAUUCAGUAGAAACUUGUAAUGAAGAGUAGUUAAUAAAUAAAAGAACAUUAGACUUUUUGGCUAAAUAAUUGAGGUUUGAUUUUUAAAAAGAUAUCCUUCCUAUUUUACUAGGUUGUAAAUUUAAUUUCACCAUUGGAAAAUGAUUAGCUCAUUUGAUCAUUAGCUCAAUUUGAUCAAUGGCCACUCUCCAACUUUUUGAUGAAGAGAUUUUACUAUCUCUUACUACUCUGGGCAAAUUUGAUGAAAUAUUUCAACUGCCACAUAUAUUAAGAAUAAUUUAUGAUUUAAAUGUUCUAGAAAUAUCAGACAUUAAUAUUUUUAAAUCAUCUGCCUCUAACUUUGUAAUAUAAGAUAUAUUCAUGAGCUACUUUUUUUUUUAAAAAAGGAAAACUUUGCAAGUAUAGUGACUAUAUUAAUUGAUCUCAGUUUGGAGGUAAAAGAUGACAAUUGGAUUUUUUAAAGUGAUUUAAUAUUUUCCCCUCCUUUUUUGGCAGGGGUAAGGGAGUGGGUUUUACACAUUCUUUGAGCUAGGCACAUCUAAUGUUGUUUUACAGGUGAAAUUGAAUCGUGCAACUCCAGUAUAAAAUAAGGAUUUCUUAAAAUAUCAUUUUUUCCACCACUAAAAAUAGGUAACUUAGAACUAGUCUUCAGUCUUGAUAACUGUAAUGUCUUAUUUCAAUUAGGGUACAAUUCUCCCUCUCUACAAAUGCCAUUGGGAGCUCUGAAAAAUCAGUUUAAUAGAUCACAAUUGUCCAUGAUUUUAUUUUAGAGGAAGUUGGUUCAUAAGUGUGACCUCAGAUACUGUUAAGGCCUUCAUCUGAAAGUAUUCUUAAAAUUGUAAGACUGAAUAAAAUAAAAUUCUUAAAUUUUAAGAGCAGAUGAAUAAAUGUUUAGUGAACUAAUUGUACUCAUUUGAGCCAAAAUAAAACUGUAGUAUGAUGGUGUUGGCUUGAGUUAAUGUUUGAAUUUGAUUAAAUUUCUACAAAAAAAUACCCUGUUGGGGCUUUUGAAUUUUAGAUGUUCCACUGUUUUGAUAAUUUCUAUAAAAGGUCAUUUUACUCAGAUACCAGUCUACUUUCUGAAGACAAAUAGAUUAUAGAUUUUAAAAUAGUCAUUUUUCUUGUCCCUAAAUCUGACAAGUUUAAGUCUAAAUCAACAAAGAUAAUUUGGUGCCCUUAUGAUUUUGAAGUUAGGUGAUUGCUCACUUAUAAAGUGGCUACCUUAAUUUGUAAUAUUUUAGAAACCUCCAUUUACUGUGACUUGGGGAAAUUACCUAUGUGAUAUUUGAAAAAGUAGCUCUUUAAUGCCAUAUUUCCCAGAAAAAACCCUAGACUGAAUUUACAGGUAUAGUAAUGCUUGUAAUUAAUUUUCUCAGAAUUGUGGGAGCUGUAUGAGAUAAUACCGUAUUCUGUACAUUGUAACAACAGCAUUAUUGCUUGGAACUAUAAAAUUAGAUACUAAGGAAACUAAAUUGGUCAUCUUUUUCUAUUUUUCUUUUUUUUUUCUUUUUUUCCCCACCCUCAUUGUAUUACUAAACAACUAGUUUCUCUCUCUUUUGUCAGUUCCCAUUGUGUAUUUUUCAGAAGAAGUACUGUAUUCAGGUGCCAGCCAAUAAAUUGUCACACAGUGGAAAACAAUAUGCCACAACAUUCAUUGUAAGGUCUAAUAAAAUUAAAUUUGCACCAAA